GGCUGUAGAGUAGCAGCAGCGAUUGGCUAGACUGGUGGUAGGAGGGGCUUGUUGGUAGGUUCGCGGAAACUGUGCAGCGUGUGUUGGACUGAGCAGGAUGGCGGCGAGCGGGUGUGCAGAUGACGAGCGCUUUGACUCUAUGUUACUGGCUAUGGCUCAGCAGCACGAGGGCGGCGUGCAGGAGCUUGUAAACACAUUCUUCAGCUUCCUAAGGAGAAAAACUGACUUCUUUUUGGGGGGUGAAAGUGGAGCAGCUGAAAAGCUAAUCGGUGAUGCAUUCAAGCACCACAAUAAACUAGCCCAAGCAGUCAAGGAACAGAAGGAGGCUGAGCUGCGAGAACGAAACGCUGCAAAACUUGAGCAAGCUGCCAAGCACAAGCCUAUGGAGCCUGGGGAACCAAGAAUCACAGAGCUAACUGAUGAGGAAGCAGAUAAACUUCAAAAGGAAAUUGAUAAGACUAAAGCCAAAGAGCUAGAACAAGAGCAAGUUAAGCCCGCUGUUGACACAGAUACAAAAACGGUUGUUCAAAAGGGUAGUGAUGAUGAGGAGGAAGAUGAAAAGGACAAAGGAAAGCUUAAGCCAAAUUCAGGCAAUGGAGCAGAUCUUCCAAAUUACCGCUGGACACAAUCCCUGUCAGAAGUGGAUCUAGUUAUUCCAUUUUCUGUGUCCUUCCGUCUUAAAAGUAAAGAUGUGGUAGUGGACAUUCGGAGAAAAAAACUUAGCAUUGGGCUAAAGGGUCAGAAUCCUGUGUUGGAUGGAGAGCUUUUUAAUGAUAUCAAGGUGGAAGAGUGCUCAUGGCUAAUAGAAGAUGGCAAAGUGGUUACAGUUCAUUUGGAAAAGAUCAAUACAAUGGAAUGGUGGAACCGUGUACUCAAAACAGAACCUGAAAUUAACACAAAGAAAAUUAAUCCUGAAAACUCUAAGCUGUCUGAUUUAGAUGGAGAGACCCGGAGUAUGGUAGAAAAAAUGAUGUAUGACCAAAGACAGAAAUCAAUGGGCCUUCCAACUUCAGAUGAACAGAAGAAGCAGGACAUUUUGAAAAAGUUCAUGGAACAACACCCAGAAAUGGACUUCUCCAAAGCUAAAUUCAGCUGAUCAUCUUCAUCCCCACACACGUUUGCUUGAAUGGCGCUGUCAGUAUUGCGAAAUGUCCAAGAACAGUUGUAGUCUGUGGUUAAAGCAAAACUUCAUUUUGUUGUGGCAAAACAGUACCUUCUGGUUGGUUAUAUACAAGGAUUUUGACAUUUUGUUUCUUCUGUUCUAUAAAUACUGAAAUAAAUAGUCCAUGCUAGAGCAAUUUUUGAAAACUUUUAAAAAUGAGCACCAAGUGUAAGGCUUUUUGGUAUUAGGUUUACCCCGUUGUAAAACAAUGCUUGCACCUGGUUAUUAAAGAUAAACCUAGCAUAAUGUGGCAUAUUUUUCCCAGAUUCCUCAUGCUUCCAUAAAAUUCUGGACAGAACUUAAAGCAGAACUUAAGGGUUAUAGUACCUACCUUUCCAGUUGUCCCCUGCUGGCACCAGAAUUUUUCUUCUGUGUGCCUGUCUUCAUUGGGUGGUGCUAGCUGACGUCACUCCAGCGCUACCACAGGAUCUACUCAUCCUGGCACACAGGGAUCAGCCUUGUGCCGUAAGCUGAGCUAUGCAUAAUAGCAAGCAGGUAUGGGCACUUUAUUGCAGAAGUGACAUUGCAUGUCUCUUCUGCAAAAAAAAAGCUCGCCUGCUCGCGGUUUGUCACAAUGGAACUUAAGUUCCACUUUAAGAUCAAAUUACAGACAGCCUGCGUCAUAAAAUACUUAAUCUCCUAGAAUUAUUUGUUUCUUGCGUGUCUAGAGGGAAGCGAGAGUGCUGUUAUUUGUUUUUUCUACAACUUAAAUCGUGAUAACCAUACACUAUCAUGCUCAAAGGCCUUGUCAGGGUAUGCAACUACAUCGGUUAAAAUCUGUAAUGUCUACUGUUGAGCUAGAGGUACAUGUGUCCAAGUAAUACAACACCCACAUAGGUGAAUGAGUGCCUUCUGUGGAAAGAGCAAGUUGCAUCUGUUCAAAUUUAAAGUUGUUAUGCAUUCGCUAUCAAUAUGCAUGUGUAGCAGUCUGUUAUUGCAUCGUAUACAUGAGUACAGUCAAAUAAAGAAAUUUGCUACGUUUUCA